CUUCCCUCCUUCCCUCGUUGAAAUAUACACACGAAGAGAGUGAAUGUGGGUACACUACUACCAGUACUGCAUACCACGGAAAUUCCUUCAUCCAACUGAAAUUUGGCAGACCUUUUCACUCCUCUGUCAACAGAUUCAAUUUCUUCCGCUUUAAUCCGGCGUCAUUCCGCUCAUUCGUUAAAUUCGCACUCAGAUUGCUUUCAAAUUUCACAUGUAAAACCACCACCAAACCUAACAAUACCCACACCGACACAUGAUCCUGUUUUCCACACUUUGUUAAAUCCGUUGUGCAAUUUGUGAUUGUGUUGUAUUAAUUAGUCGUUUGCAGGAUCCAAUCCAGCAGUGCAGCUGUAGUUUCCAUUACUGAGGUUCUUGUUCUCCAGAUCUAUUGUAAAAAGUAACGAGCAGAGCAGAAACGACAGGUUGAAAUUUAAUCAUGUGGAGGCUGAAGAUUGCAGAGGGAGUGGAUAGCCCUUACCUGUACAGCACCAACAACUAUGUAGGAAGACAGACGUGGGAGUGGGAGUCAGAUCCCGAUUAUGGCACACCAGAGCUCCGGGAAGAGAUGGAGAAAGCCCGCCGAGACUUCUGGAACAACCGUGACCGUGUUAAGCCCAGCAGCGAUCUACUCUGGCGAAUUCAGUUUCUGCACGAGAAGAAUUUCAAACAAACGAUACCCCAAGUGAAGGUGGGCGAUGGCGAAGAAAUCACCCACGAGGUGGCGACUGCAACUCUCCGAAGAGCUGUUCACUUUUUCUCGGCCCUGCAAGCAAGCGACGGCCAUUGGCCUGCGGAAAAUGCCGGUCCACUGUUCUUUCUUCCACCUCUGGUCAUGAUCCUGUACAUUACUGGCCACCUCAACAGUGUUUUCCCGGCUGAACAUCAAAGAGAAAUUCUGCGAUACAUAUACUGCCACCAGAAUGAAGACGGAGGGUGGGGUUUCCACAUAGAAGGCCACAGCACCAUGUUUUGCACGGCACUGAAUUACAUAGUUAUGCGCAUACUGGGACAGGGGCCGGAAGGAGGUGAGAAUAAUGCUUGCAGCAGAGCCAGGAAAUGGAUACUCGACCACGGCACUAUAAAAGCUAUACCUUCUUGGGGAAAGACUUGGCUUUCGAUUCUGGGACUAUAUGACUGGUUGGGAAGCAAUCCGAUGCCCCCUGAAUUUUGGCUCCUUCCAUCUUUUCUCCCCAUGCAUCCUGCAAAAAUGUGGUGCUACUGCCGGAUGGUAUACAUGCCCAUGUCGUAUUUAUAUGGCAAAAGAUUUGUGGGCCCAAUUACCCCGCUUAUCAAACAGCUAAGAGAAGAGUUAUAUGAUCAACCAUAUGAAGAAAUUAACUGGAAGAGCAUUCGGCACCUAUGUGCAAAGGAGGACAUCUAUUAUCCCCACCCAUUAGUACAAGAUUUAAUCUGGGACAGUUGUUACAUAUUGACUGAGCCUCUAUUGACCCGUUGGCCUCUCAACAAGCUGAGAGAGAAAGCUCUUCAGGUCACAAUGGAACACAUCCACUAUGAAGAUGAAAAUAGCAGAUACAUCACUAUAGGGUGUGUGGAGAAGGUGUUGUGUAUGCUAGCUUGUUGGGUUGAAGAUCCUAAUGGAGACUAUUUCAAGAAACAUCUUGCUCGAAUCCCUGAUUACAUAUGGGUUGCUGAAGAUGGCAUGAAGAUGCAGAGUUUUGGUAGUCAACAAUGGGAUACUGGUUUUGCUCUACAAGCAUUGCUGGCCAGCGGUAUGGCGGAUGAAAUUGGUGAGACUCUGAAGAAAGGGCACGACUUUGUAAAGAAAUCUCAGGUCAAAGAAAAUCCUUCCGGUGACUUCAGAAGCAUGUAUCGACAUAUAUCAAAGGGAUCGUGGACAUUCUCGGAUCAAGAUCAUGGAUGGCAAGUGUCUGAUUGUACAGCAGAAGGACUGAAGUGCUGCCUUCUCUUCUCUACGAUGCCUCGUGAGAUUGUUGGGGAGCAUAUGAAACCUGAGAAACUGUUCAACGCUGUCAACAUAUUGCUCUACUUGCAGAGCAAAAAUGGUGGUUUAGCUGCAUGGGAGCCUGCAGGAGCUUCAAAAUGGCUGGAGCUGUUGAACCCCACAGAGUUUUUUGAGGACAUUGUUGUGGAGCAUGAGUAUGUGGAGUGUACUGCAGCAUCAAUUCAAGCCCUGGUUCUGUUCAAGAAGUUGUAUCCCCAACACCGUAAGAAAGAGAUCGAAAGCUUCAUCCCAAAGGCUGUCAGUUACCUGGAGGAGGUGCAAAGACCUGAUGGUUCAUGGUAUGGAGCGUGGGGCGUUUGCUUCACAUACGGCACUUGGUUUGCACUGGGAGGGCUGGCUGCAGCUGGUAAGAGGUACGAGAAUUGUGCAGCAAUUAGAAAAGGAGUGGAGUUUCUACUGAAAACGCAAAGGGAUGAUGGGGGCUGGGGAGAGAGCUACCUCUCCUGCCCCAAGAAGGAAUAUGUGGCCCUGGAAGGAAAUAGGUCAAACUUAGUUCACACUGGUUGGGCGAUGAUGGGACUAAUCCAUUCAGGGCAGGGCGAGAGAGACCCAAAACCCCUCCACCGUGGAGCAAGGCUUCUGAUAAACUCUCAAAUGGAAGAUGGAGAUUUCCCUCAGCAAGAAAUCACAGGAGUGUUCAUGAAGAACUGCAUGCUCCACUAUGCCGCUUACAGGAACAUUUACCCUUUGUGGGCUUUGGCUGAAUACCGCUCCCGCCUCCAACUUCCCUCCUCUUCCUAACUAUUCUUGUCUACCAAUAAAAAUAAGUUAUACUGUCUACCACGUAGUAGUAGUAGUAAUAAUAAUAAUAAUAAUAAUAUUCAUAACAAUAACGAAAUUAAUCUACAAUUGUAUUAUAUAUAUAUAUAUAUAUAUAUCAAAGGUUGUACGAAUGGCUACAUAAAAUUUCCUUCUUAGCCUCAAAUUGUGGUACGGACAUUUACUCUAGUCUAAAAAUGUGAUUUUAAGUGUCUAUAAGUUCAAAAUUGUCAAUUCAAGCA